CGCGUCGGGCUGGUGGCGGCGGGGGCUGCUCCGCGCAGCUGGGGGAGGACGGCUCUCGUUUCGGGCGGGCGGCUGGCCGGCCGGCCGAGGCGGCAGCAUGAAGAGGAGAGCGGGGGAGCGGGAGAAAGAAUUGAAGGAUUGCCAGAAUAGGGAGGAUCUAUUUUGACCUGUAUAUGCGACCCAAAAAGAUUACGAAAAGAAAAAAAAGCUUCUUGAAGAGCUUGGAGAGAAUAGACUUCCAUAUAUGACACCAGCCGAUGCUGAUUUCCAUCAGUUGUGGAAGACCAAAUAUUCCAAGCUGAUUUUCAGAAAAUCUGAUACAGUACCUGAAGAGCUCCAUCAAAUGGUACAAGAAGGCUUUCUGACCUUGCGAAAACACGAUUGUUUCUUUCAAGAUCUUGUAAGGAUCAAAGGAAAAGAUUUUGUUACCCCAGUGUCUCGUAUAUUAAUUGGAAACCCAGGAUGCACUUACAAGUACUUGAACACAAGAUUAUUUACAGUUCCUUGGCCUACUGAAGGUUAUGAUAUAAAAUAUUGCAGUCCUCAAGUACAUGAUGCUUGUAAAGCAUUAAUCAGACUUAAUGACUACUUGCAUAUUGAAGCAGUCAAGGCAUUACAAGGGCAAAAUUUGUUUGAGACCAAAGAAAUUAAAGAUAGUACUGUAAUAGAUAGGGAGCAAAAUUUUGCUACUACUUUUAUGGAUAAAGGGUCAGUUUCAAAAGAUCAAAGCAGUUGUUGUGUAUCAGAGGAUGACUACAUAAGUCUAAAGAACAGAACAUCUUAUAACUUGACUUUAUUAAAUUAUAUGGAUCCACUACAAAUGCUAUACUUGAAACAAGAACCUUAUUUUGGAAUGGGGAACAUGGCAGUGAGCUGGCACCAUGACGAGAAUCUGGUUGAAAGGUCAACGGUUGCUGUGUACAGUUAUAGCUGUGAAGGUUCAGCUGUGGAAGAAAGUAAUGAACAAAAACUGAAGGGAAGAGACCCAGCUGUUUGGCAUGUAGGCUUGAAGGUAGCAUGGGACAUAGAGACACCUGGAUUAGCAAUACCACUUCACCAAGGAGACUUCUACUUGAUGCUUGAUGAUCUCAAUAUGACACAUCAGCACUGUGUUCUGGCUGGUUUUUCACCUCGAUUCAGCUCAACUCACAGAGUGGCAGAUUGUUCAAGAGGAACAUUGGAAUACAUAUUUGGACAAUGUGAACUGGCACUCCAGAAUUUACAGACUGAUUCUGAAUCAAUGGCUUUAUCUUUGAAAUCACUGGAAACUGCAGUUGUAAAGCAAGUAGAAGAAAUACAUAAUGAGGUUGAAUUUGAGUGGCUUAGGCAGUUUUGGUUUCAAGGCAAGCGGUAUUUGAAGUGCACUGAUUGGUGGCUUAAGCCUAUGGCUAAAUUGGAAGAAUUUUGGAGGAAAAUGGAGGUUAUGACAAGCCUCGUCCUCUCUGAAGUUGGAAAAGAGGAACAAAUUGAGGAACAAAGGAAUGAAACUCUCAGCUGCUUCUUGCUGGUUCUUACUGAGCGACAAAAGCUGCGUCAAGAAUGGAUAGCAAGAUGCCAGUCAGAAGCGGCAGAGAGCUUGCCAGAGGACCAGAAACCAGAAUGCCAUCCCUUCUGGACAAAUGAUGAAUGUAAUAUGCCUCUGCCAUAUGAUCUUGAAGAAGUAAUUGCUAAUCUACAAAAUCUUGUUCAGUCGGUGGAAUAACAAGUGACCUUCCAGCCUGGAAUUAUUGAUGCUCAUCAUUUGGAGAGAAGCCUUUUAGUUUAACAUAAAUCUUUUCAGCUUUAUGAUUCCUUGAUCAUGUGCUAUUUUAUGUGCCAAUGCAGAUUUUACUGGUCUUCACACAGUACCUUUGUUACUGUCUCAUUAUAAAAAAGACCAGGCCCCAAAUCUACAGAAACAGGUGGCUUUUAAGACCUGAAGUCCAGAACACCAGCCUCAUUUCUUUCCUCCUCCACUGUAAUUCCCAUUGACCCUACAGCCCAUGGAUAUCUGUGUUUCCACAAGUUCCCUUGGCAUCUAAAUUUCAGCUUCCAGGGAUGCCAAGAACUGCCUCUGGCUCGGCAGGUUUGAGCAACACAAGGCAUAGCUCACACCUCUGACAAACCAGAAUCCAUGAUCUGGGUAUCCUAAUGAGAGGCCAGCUUGGGGUGAGCCUGCUGGACAUCUUUAGAAUAGAGCUGUGACUUCUUUAUCCACUAACAUAGACAGAGGUGGAGGAGAUGGUGGAGAAAGUCCUUUAUGCAAUGGCUCCUUGUUAGAGCAUUUUUUCAGAUGAGGAACUCUGAAGGAGCAUCCUGACAUAGAUCCCAAGGCUUUCUUGCUGUUUUUCAUCAUGGCAGUUGAGUAGUACUGGGAGAGAUUUCCAAUGUGAAUCUACACCUCCUGGGCUCCCUGGAACUCCAAAUUCGGUUCCUAACUAUCACUUUUUUUCUGCGUGCUGUGAAUCCUAUUCUGAGGGCAGGUUUCCCAGUGUAUUGUCUAAGGGGCUGAUGGACCUAAGUAAGGGUUUCCAUGUGGGGUGUCCUGACAGGUUAGAUUUAGGUUGUGUGAUACUGGACAAUGCAGCAUCUGUGUUGAUCUAGUGAGAUUUAUGAGAACAAAACCAGAAGACUAUGAGAAAUGAAGCUGUUUGUCACCUGUUUUGUAGUAACAUGCUAUAAAAAGAACAGUUCGAUGGUGGAUGAUACAGGGCACUCCUGAAUGAGAGAGAGAUUUUUCAUUUGGUUAAGUUGCAAUUUUAACUUGAGCUGGUGUACGCCUUUUCCUUUGCUAUAAAAAAGCAGAAGAAAAUCAUAUUAUGGUGAAACAGCACUCAGUCUGUAUUACCACUACAAAAGAAACCAGUAAGACUCAGAGCUUGACGUUGCCACCAAGAAAUUAAUAUGCCUCCUGCGUUAAUCUUCUGUUUAAAAUCACUGUUGAGGCCAGGCUUACCCAGAGCAUACUGGUAUACUGUGUUGGCAAAGUGCUCUGAGUGCAGAUGAGGCUUGUACUGCCGAAAAUUGUACUUUUGACAGUAUAACAUAUGCCAGACCUCCCUGGAGCUAAAGAAGCUGUGCCAGCAAAAAUUCAGUUUUAGUGGUAUAAAACUGUGUCCACACCUACCAGCUUUUGCCAGGACAAUUAUAUCAAGUGGAGCUUGUACCUCUUAACACCUUUGACAUAGCUAUGCCAGCAAAAGUAUGAAGACCUCCAUCAAGCAUUUUCAUUGUAGUCCUGGACUUCUGCAAAAACUGUUAGCCACCCUGUAGAAUGUAAAGACUCUCUGAAGAAUAAAUUAUUAUUUAAAGUAGGUUUCAUUACAUUAUAACCUUGAUCCAUACAUUCAUCUAUUGUCUCUUGUGCCACGGAUUUCUUAACAUUUUGAAAUACUACGUUAUGGGCAUAGCUUUUUCUUUCCUGCGCUAGCUAAAGCUGGCUUUACCAGUGGGCAAAUAGCAUAUAUUUGGAUUAAUGCCACGCUAAAUACUGUUUACUUUGGAGAUCACUUAGAGAAAAGCUAACUGAAGAUGUGGGAAUUCUGCUUUUGAAAAGGCAGUUCUCACAGAAACAGAUAUUACUUUGGAAAUGAGCAAGAUUAAUUCAAACAAGCUAAUGAUGUAACAGUGUUAACACAGCGUUUGAGGGGAUUGUUUGUUUGUUUAUGCUGUUACUUUAUGAUUAUUUUGUGUUUAAUUAAGCACUGCUAGAAACCAUGGAGAUCACAGUAUUGAAAUGAAUCUGACAGCCAUAAAGGGUAGAGAAGGCACAUCAAUGUUGUGGUUUGUUGCUGAAGUGGAGGCAUAGCUAUUAAAAAAUGAUUGGCAAAUAAUUAUUCCAGCAGUAGUGAAAAAAAACCCACUGGGUUUUGUCUUGUAUUAGGAGACUGCUGGCAGCAAUGAUAGAAUUUUUAAAAAUACGUGAUUCCAGGUCUUGUCUAUGCUGAAGAUUUAAGCUAGUGAAUUAGCUGAACUAGUACUAGCCUCCUUGCAGUCAGAUAGCACUCAUUUAAGCCAUGGAUUGCAAUGACUUAGACAAAUGAACACCUUUGGAAUGGAUAAGACCUAAGAUUCACUGGCAAAAUACCAAUAAUUAAGUGGUUAAAGAGGAUUAAUACUCUGUGUUGCAUUCCAGUCUCACAUCAUCUAAAGCAGUGUAACUUGAUUGAGUUCAGUUGAAAUACAGAAGUAUAAGAAGAUUUCUUAUCUCCAAAGCCCACAGGAGUUGAUACCAAAGUCAUGAGCAAGGUUGAUGGAACUGUUUGAAGCAUCUAGUAAUGCCAAAGGGUACCCCAAGGGGAGAACAUGGUUAAAGGUAAAUAUCUAUAAAAAACCUGAGAGAUCAAGUGUAAAUUAUUGCUGUGUUUGGAUUACAUACUAGAAGCAGACAAAUACUUCAAAGUUUUCUUUAUUUUAUUCAAAUAGUUAUAAUUUAGCUCAUGUUGCAAUGAUACUUGAGCAAUCCAUUUAUAUUCCAGUAUUAGAUAACCCAUUUCCAUUUUGGAUGAGCUGAAAGACACAGCCUCUAAUGGAUGUUCUGUGUAUAACAACUGUUUGCCAAGUCUGGAUGCUCUAGAGGCAGGAGGACCAAGGUCAGGUUUGUUCAGGGAAGAGGUGAGAGCAUAAGUUAGCUUCUAACAUUAGAUUUAGUGAUUCUUUUUAAAUUGUGAAGUUGAUGACUUUGCUUACAUUUACUUUUCAUCAGCCAUGAAAGAAUUAAGGUAAAAUAGUUCACUUGCACGUGUGCAUCAGGCUAAGUGGAUUACAGAAGACACAGAUCUGUUUGCCUGUCUGCACUUGCCUUUAGACAAUAUUCAUCAAUUUUACAAAAGCUACUGACUAAACAUGGAACCAAUACAAAUGAAAUGCUCGAGGC